CUUUCUUCUCAGGUGUAAAAGUUAACAAAAAUAGGUAUCUGUAAACGUAUUUAUGAAAUAGCGGGACAGAGCGGGACAUUUUAAUGUACUAGUAAUCACAAUGAGUGAAAAAAAGGAAAUUCCUCCUAAAGUUUUUCAAGAAAUGGUGAAGGAACAUUUGCCCAAUCUGGAUUGACUGUUCCGACUAGCUUGGACUACUGGUAUUCCACUAUGCAUAAAUUUGCAAUCUGCUCUAACCUAAUCCUCUCAUUUGAAAAGCUGAACUUGUCAAGAAUGCAUUGUACUCAGAUGGGUAUAAUAAAAAAGCAAGAGAAGGUCUAGUGAUACAAGAAUGAUGUUUACUUCUUUCUCACCUACGAGUAGCAUUUCUCAAUCCACACCCACAUCUGGUAAAAAAAGACCCAUUUGUGAUGAUAAUUUCAGGGUUUCUAAACUUAAAACACCUAGUUGCUCUGAUUCAUUGGAAAAAGACACCAUCUAUACAAAAGAAAUGAUUGAAAAAUGUGAUAAUAAAGAAGAACUGCUGAAAAUGUAUGGAAAUUUAAAGAGAAACAACCUGGAGCUAGAGAAAAAGCUGCAGAAAUUGCAACUAGUCAAAAAGCAUCAUUCUAAAAUUGUGCCUGAAAAUUUGAUUUCGUUGACUGAAAAAUGGUUAACUACUGCACAGUCUGCACUUGUGAAAUUGUAUGAAGAGUUACCUGAACCUAAACCCAAUGAUCUUCUAUGCCUUAUGAAUAAUUUGCGAAUCGAUCCUGCAAUUGUAAAAUAUGAUCCUGAUCAUCCAACAUUUUCUCUUGCAGAUUAGUUUUCAUUAUCAAUCAUUAAUUUUUGUUUAUUUGGUCACUAGUCUUUUUUUUCUGUAGUACUUAUUUUCUUUACAUUCUGUCAGCACUUUUUCUUAUGAAAAAUGUGCAUUCUGGAAAUUCUUUUUCACUUAAUCACCAAUAAAGUGAUAGUAUGAGGAAGAAUUGCUUUAUUUUGUUUAAAAUGGAAAUAUUUUAUAAAUUGUUUGCUUUGCCUUUUCUCUUUUUGUAAAUGUUUAUGACUGUUCAUUUCAUUUUGUGCUACUGUAAAUCUUUAUUACUUUUUUAAUAUACAUUAUUAUCGCACAAUUGUUUUCUUUAUUGUAAGGAGUUAAAACUAGUGAGGUUGUGUAAUGAUUGAUUUAAUUAUUUUGCAUUAUUAACAUAUCAAAUAUUUAUUUUCAUUUUACUGCUAGUUAUUUUUGUGAUGUUCUAAUGAUGGUUCUUUAUAUUCUGUGUGUACAUUUUUUUAAUGGAAAGAGUUUCUUAUAAAAUAUUUUGAUAAUCAUCAAGAAUGUGAUAGCUUAAUAUUGUAAAAAAUAGAAAUAUUUUAUUAUUAGUUAUUAUAAAUUGUUACAGACAUUAAAACUAGUUGUUCCAGUAAGCAUUAUUCUUAAGAGUUAUUUUUCGAAAUUAUUAGUACUACUGUCAUUAGCAUAAUUACUUUAUUUAGUUUAGUUUCUUGAAACUAGAUCUCUCCCAAGAGUAAUUUAAUGUAAAAUUUUUUUUAUUGAUUUAUGUUUGGCGAAAAAAAUUGUAAAAAAGUUAUGGUUUUUGCUGUUAGAAUAGAAAGAAUGGUUUACUCUUACCAUUGUCUGUAAAUAUAUGAGAGGUCUGUGAAACUGAUAAAAAUUUAAUUAUAAACUGAUAAAAAAUUUUCAAGGUUAUAUUGAAUAGAAAGGCAAUAAAAAAAAAUUAAGCUAGUGUUUUAUACUUAAAGCUUUUCUCAAAAUUUUUCAGAAUGAUUGGUUUUUUAAAUAUCUGGAUAAAUUAUCUGGAUUAGAUCUGGUAGAUUAUAUUUAACACCAUUUAGGCAAUAAACUCAAUAUAAAUUUAAAAUAUUUUGGUUUUAUAGUUAUUACUAAAUAUUUUUGAAUGUUGAUUUCUUCUAAUUUAUUGUAAGCAGUGUAUGAUUGAUCAGAUAAACUUUUUGAAUUUCAUUGCCUUACAUGCAAGUACUUUGUCUUCCAUAAUAUUAUGUGUAUGUUAAUGAAAUAAAAUCUAAUAAAAAAUUUCAAACUUU